UCAACUUCACCGACACCGGGCAUCAAAAAACACAGUAAUAUUCUCUCUCAAAACAAAUAAACAAAACCCCCAAAUUCCAAAUCCAAUUUCGAAUUCUCGCAAUUUCUAGGGUUUCAAAAUUCCUCAAUCAAUUCCCUCAAAUCUGAUCUCAUACACACAAAAUCUCUAAUAAUACAGUAAAAUGCCUCAAAGACAUUCAAAAAACAACAAUGAUUUAGCGUUUUUCACGUACGAUGAGAAGAAAAAAUUAGGGUACGGAACGCAGAGAGAGCGGCUUGGCAAAGAUUCAAUUAAGCCCUUCGAUGCCUGUUGUCUCUGCUUGAAACCGUUUAUUGAUCCUAUGUCGUGCCAGAAAGGUCACGUCUUUUGUAAAGAGUGUAUUCUUGAGUGCCUUUUAGCUCAAAAGAAGGAUAUUCAAAGGAGGCUAGCUGCUCAUCAAUUACAGAAGAAGCAAGAGAACGAGGAGGAAGAGGAGAAGUUAGCACUGCAAAAAGCAAGAGAACUUGAUGCUUUUGAUCAGCAGAACCAUGGUGCAGUUCCGCAAUACAGUGAUAGAAACCAUAAUCAAGGCAAACAUGGUUUCCAUGGAGCAAAUAGCGUGAAGGUUACUUCCUAUGAAGCGGAAGCACUUCGGACAAUGAAAGCAUUUUGGCUACCUUCUGCCACCCCAGAAGCACCAGUUAAAGUAGAAGCUCCGUCCUUAUGUACAACAUGUCCGGAAGGCAACGAAAAGCUCAAGAUGAAGAAUCUUUUCCCCAUCUAUAUGACAGAGGACAAAAGUGAAAAGAAAGCCAGUUCUCUUGAGAAGACGUAUAUCUGUCCUAGCUGCAAGGUUACUCUCACUAAUACACUAUCAUUGGUGGCACUCAGCUCAUGUGGUCACGUCUUCUGCAAGAAGUGCGCUGAUAAAUUUAUUCCCACUGACAAAGUUUGUCUUGCUUGCAAUAAGGCGUGUAAGGACAGAAAUUUUGUCAAUUUGGAAAAGGGUGGAACGGGCUUUGCAGGCCAUGGGGAUAAACUGGUAGCGGCAGACUUUAAGCACUUAGGUAGUGGUUCGGGUUUGGGACUCGUGAGACCCGCAGCAAUGAAGAUUUAAAUCUGAACAGGUUCUUUUAUUACUGUAAUUGUCCAGUUGGCGCCUAAAGAGGAGGAUUUUCCAGGUUAUAUAUUUAGAUCGGCAUUGAUCAGUACUUAAAAGUUUGCUGCAAAUUAAUCCGUUUUGCCAUGAAUAGUUUUCCUCUGCCAUUUCGUUUAUGUUGCUUUUAACAAACAGUUCACAUAAUUUUAGAGUUGAUGCUGUUGUUGCUA